AUGGAAAUACGAAAGGCCAAGAUCGUGUGUGACAAAUUCGCUCUUUCUCACUUCGCUAUGGGUUUCGUUCUCUACUUCUGUACUGGCAAGAACUUUCGUGAAGAGGUAGCUCGAAUCCUAGGACGCCUAUGUUGUCGAAAGCCUUCAAAACAUCCCAAUAAUAGUUCCAUUAGCGAAAAUGCUCAUUCUGCAAUCUCUAAUCGCUUAAGCAGAGAUACUCGAAGAUCUGAAUCCAUUGUUGCAUCUAAAGCCGCACCGAGUGCGAAAAGGCUGAAAAUUUUAAAGGAAAAUAUUCCCUUCCUCAAACGAGGUAGAAGUCGGGACGAUUUUCCAGGAUUGGAACUCUGCGGAAGAAGAGGCGAGAGACAGCCCUCAAAAUUGCAACUCACAACCAAAAACAAUUUCAAUCUAGACACCCUGGCAUCUUCAUGA